AUGGCACCACGAAAGAUGGUUGGGAUGCCCAAGCGAGGAGAAAAAUUUACAUCUCAGAAUCCCUUGAAUCUAACUCCAGAGUAUAACAAUGGCCAAGAUGCGCCUAGGCCUGUCUCAUCAGAAACAGUGACACCUAACCGCGUCCCUCUACUCACCAUUGAAGAAUACAUUCGCGCCAACCCACACCCUGUCCGAGAUCUACACAGCAGCCGACUCAGUUGCACCGACGCUCAAACCCUCGCCUACAAACGCCAACUAAACGACUGCCACGACGCAGUCAUUGCCUUGUUACAGGGGAACCUGUGCGCUUUUAAUAUGUAUUCGCGUUACGAGGACGGUCAGAUCCACAAGGGUAAGAUUCUGGCUACUUUAGUUAUUCAUGUGGGCCCUGGAGCGAAAUAUGACUGGGCGACGAUCAAACGUGGCAUUGAACAGAAAUUUGAGGGACUUGGGGCGUUGUUUAAGGAUGGGUGGGAGCUUAUGCAUGUCGAUUUUGAGGUUACCUCGUAA